AUGAGCGAGCACAAGAAGCUCGCGCGAACGCUCGCGCGCGCCUUCUACCGCCACUCGUCCACGCGCGAGAGGCUCGCGCGCGCGGGAAACGCCAAGCACGACAACACCGCGAUCGUCGAGGUGCUCGUCGACGCGCUCACGCGACGCGCGUGGGUUCGCGAGGACGACCUCGCGGCGUCGGUCCUCCUCAGCGCGAAGCAGGUCCGAAAGGCGCUGCAUUACCUCGAAGAGCAGAAGCUCGUGACGCGCGCGCACGUCAAGGAGAAGGACAAGGAGCGGAUCGCGCGGACGAGGCUGCGGGCGGAGGAACAAAAAGUCGACGAUCACGUCCUCAACGAUCGCCUCAACUCCGUGGAGAAGAAGGUCGUGACGUACGUGCGCUUGGACUACAGCCGCGUCGUGGACGCCGCGACGCUGCGCAUCGGGACCGCGCGGAGGAACCUGAGGCGGAACAUCGAGCGCGGGCCCGCGAGCGUGCUGUACCGGUGCGUCAGCGAAGACGACGUGUGCGGCAAGCGGUACACGUCGCUGGACGCCGCGAGACUGUUAGGCGCGUUCUACGCGCAAUCCAUGACGUUUCGGUGCCAGGUGUGCAGGUGCGAGGUCGUGCAGCUCGGCGGCGGCGAGGACGGCGCGCCGCCGGAGCCGAAGACGAAAGAGGGCAUGAAGAAAGCGCUCGCGGACUUCGAGCGCGAGGUUUCGAUCGUGCAGAAGCAGCUGGACAGGGUCAAGGGAAAGACGCCGCCGCAAUACGGGACGCUCAACGAGUGGACGCGCGCGAUGAAGAUCCGCGCGGCUCGCGCCGGCGACGCCGACGGCCACCACCACCACGGCGGCGGCGGCGGAAGAGGCGGUUUGGGCGUCCAGACCGACGACCUGGAGGACACGAAGUUCGAGGUGACGUUGGGGCUGACGAAGGAGCAGGAGGAGGCGAUGGAGGCGGAGGCGAACGCGCCCAAGGCACAGCCGGAGUGGCUGCGGCGGAAUCAGGCGCGUUCUCCUCACACUGGUUCCCGUACGACCGCGUCGGCGUGGUGCACGCCGAUUCUUAAGGAGUUUGUCUCCCGGCGUUUGUUUCUCUCCGCCCACCCCUCGCUCACAAUCCCGACACACCUCGACGCCUUUCAACUCCGCUUCUGA